AAGUAACAGGUAUGUAGCUCACCUCUAAUGCACAUGUGUUUUGGAACGCAAUUGCUACGAAAAUCGCGUUCGAGUUUUGAAGGAAAACAACAACAGCAGGAGCAUAAAAAUGGGAAAAGGAAAAAAACCAUAUAUUGACCGCAAAAAAGCUGUCACCUUUCACUUGGUGCAUCGCAGUCAGCACGAUCCGCUGGUGACAGAUGAAACUGCUCCACAGCGGGUGCUCCUGGAGGCGAGUGCCAGGCAGCCGCAAGCAAAGCCGGCUGCAACACCAACAGAUCCAGCCAAACGUCAGGAGGAGCUGAAGAAGUUUGGCAUUCACUUCGAUGACGACUACGACUACAUGCAGCAUCUAAAAAAGCGUGAGAACGAUGUCGUCUGGGAGUAUAUGGAGAAUCCCAACCAGGCAAAGAAAGCAAACGCAGAGGAAUCGAAACAGCAUAAUCUGCUCAUGCUGCCUAGCUCCGUAUUUGCCAGCGAGUUCGAAGAGUCCGAAGGCAUGCUGAACAAAGCGGCUCCUCAGCCCGGUCCACGUCCCGAUUGGGAUCCAGAUGUUGUGGCAGGUCUCGAUAGCGACUUCGAGGAUAACGAGGAUCUGGAUGACGAUUUCGUAAUGCAAGCAAUGGGCAGCGAUGAUGAUGACGACGAGGACGAAGAUGAGGAUGAGGAGAACGAAGGAGAUGAUGAUAUGGACUUUGAUUCGGAUGAUUUGAAUGAAGAUGAGAACGAAGAUGAACUUAUGGAUCGUCUUGGGCCGCUGAUGCGUAAGAGUCGUUUCGACGACGAGGAAACCAAAUCGCGCUUCACGGAAUACUCAAUGUCAUCGAGUGUGAUCCGUAGAAACGAACAGCUCUCCCUGCUCGAUGAUCGUUUUGAGCAAUUCUAUGCCAGCUACGAUGAUCCCGAGCUGGGGGAUCUUGCCCUAGAGGAUAUCGAAGGACACUGGCAUCAGAAGCAUCCCGUUGUAAUGCAAUGUUUCCAGGAGUUCAAAAAGAAAAAUGACGACAUUAGCUACAACAAGGAAUGGGACCGCGAACGCGUCAAAAAGUACUGUGAUGUCGUCGAUGGUGAACAGGAUCCGACGGAGGAGCUCGUCGACUACGAGGUGAACGACGAGAAAGAUAAGAAAUGGGACUGCGAAUCCAUACUCUCGACCUAUUCAAACAUUUACAACCAUCCCAAGCUGAUCGAUGAGAAGCCUCGUCCACGUCGAGUCCAAAUCGAUCCCAAAACGGGUCUUCCCACGAAUGUGCUCCGCAAUGGCGUCGAUGGACAGCUGACGGCCAAAGCGUUAGCCAACCUGGACGACAAUACGGCAAACGCAACGGGUCCCAAAUCGCUGUGUGCCAAAUCUGUGGUAUCCACGCUCAGUGUUCUCUCCCUACGCCCCAAGGAUGAAACUCCAGAGGAGAAACGCGAACGCAAACGUCUGCUUAAGGAUUAUCGCAGCGAGCGUCGCAUUGAAAAGAAGGCAAAUUCGGAGGCUUUCAAGGAAGAGAAGAAGCGACAGACACAUGUUAAAAUCAAUCAGCGUACCAACCAGCAGGGCUCGACUAUUGUUUAGGGCCUUUUUGCGGGGGCAACGUUUAGUUUUAGGAUGUGUUCAUAGUUGUGAAAACUCUAGCUGUAAAUCAUGUAAAUACGCAAUAUGUAUGCGUGAGCACAAAUAUACAUAUUUAACACAAA